CAACAGUGGUGCCAUGGCAGGCAUUUUGCUUCUUUAUCCAAUCAAUAGUCGGUUACACUGGCCGCAGGUCGGUUGUGUUUUGUUUUGUUUCUCAAGUAGAAAGCGCUCAGAACGAACAAUAAACAUUUAACUAUUGAAGCACCAAGUAAAUGGCCCCAAACGCUUAACAUCAAUUGUGCACAAUAACAACAAUAAUAAUAAUAAAUAUAAUAACAACAUCACAAAACAAAACGAAUCAAAGGCAGACAAAACGGCGUUUCUACCGCAGCGUCGACUUUUCAGCGGCGGCGGCGUUGGCGUCGGCGUCUUGGGCGGCAGCGGACCCAUGAAACAACAACAACAACAGCCGCCGCCGCUGCCGCAAUCACAGCCGCCGUCUCUGACGCAGCAGGCAGGAGGAGGGGGAGCAGCUGAGAACAGCGUUAUUGCCAAUGCCAUCAGCAGUCUCAAUGGCAACAACAACAACAACAACAACAUCAUUGAAACAACAACGACAACAAAGUCUCGACCACCCUUAUAUCCAAAACCAAAGACACCGUCAUUUGACAAGGAUCGGGAUUAUAUUGGCUUUGCCACGCUGCCGGAGCAAGUGCAUCGAAAGUCGGUGAAGCGAGGAUUUGAGUUUACACUGAUGGUGGUGGGAGAAUCGGGUCUGGGCAAAUCGACGCUCAUCAAUAGUCUAUUCCUGGGGGAUCUGUACAAGAAUCGCCAGAUGCCCAAUGUGGAGGAACGCAUCGAGAAGACAACCAGGGUGGAAAAGAAGACCAUGGACAUUGAGGAGCGUGGCGUACGAUUGCGUUUAACUGUUGUGGAUACGCCCGGUUUUGGGGAUGCCAUCAAUUGUGAGGAUAGCUGGCGUGUGUGCACUCAAUAUAUUGAUGAGCAAUUCCGUCAGUAUUUCACCGAUGAGAGCGGACUCAAUCGUCGCAAUAUCCAGGACAAUCGUGUCCAUUGCUGUCUAUACUUUGUACCGCCCUGGGGUCACAGUCUGCGGCAGAUGGAUUUGGAUUUGAUACGACGACUGCAUCGCAAGGUGAACAUUGUGCUGGUCAUUGGCAAAGCGGAUUGUCUGAAUAAAACGGAAGUACGCAAACUGAAGGAGCGCAUUCUGCAGGAUCUCGAGGACAAUCAUAUACAGCUGUAUCAGUUUCCCGAAUGCGAUUCCGAUGAGGAUGAUGAUUUUAAGCAGCAGGAUCGUGAAUUGAAAGCAUCAAUACCAUUCGCUGUUGUUGGCAGUAAUACCAUACUCGAGGUUGCUGGCAAGAAGGUGCGAGGACGUCAGUAUCCUUGGGGUGUUGUCAACGUCGAGGAUGCUGAGCACAGCGAUUUCAUAAAGCUGCGCACAUUCCUCAUAUCCACGCACAUGCAGGACCUAAAAGACACCACACAGGAUGUGCACUAUGAGAACUUUCGAGCGCAGUGCAUCUCACAGAUAUCGCAACAUGCGCUGCGUGAGCGUGGCAAGUUGAAGCGGGAUUCGAUAAGCUCAACGAAUGGAUUUGAUGCGGCCAUUUCGGAAACGGAUCGCCUGCUCUUGCAGAAGGACGAGGAGAUUCGACGCAUGCAGGACAUGCUCACGCAAAUGCAGGAGAAGCUCAAGCAGACGCAUCUCAUGGAGAUGAAGAAGAACGAUAGCGUUAUCGAUGUCUAAAAUUGCGACUAUAUCCAAAGUUGCGUGUUCAAUUUUGCACCUUGAUAUAUAGACAUUAUAUACAUUAAUUUAUAUAUAUACCUACUUAUAUAUAUAGGCUCUCCCAAUUUCCCUACACACAAACACACUCACAUGCGCCUCUAAAUAGGCCAUCAACCACCAAAAAAUAAGUACGUUUUUAAGAUAGCACAGUUUCCAGUUACACAAAGUUUGUUCUUAAGCUUUUUGUAGUUUCCAAAUAAGUGAAAUGAUAACAACAAGCGGAACUUGCUGUAUAUUUAUAGAUUUCAACACUCACACAAACCCAAACACAAUUUGACCAAAUUGUUUUAUGUAUGUUGUCAACAAUUUACUCGAAAAUCGAUAGAAAAUAAUGAGAAGAUGCAAAUUUUAAAUACAAUUACAGAGUAGCAGUGCAAUUAAUCAUCUAAGAACACGCCUGAUGAAUUCGCUUUCGCCUCCAAUUCGCCAAUUUUCUUAUUAAUAUAUACGAGUAUAGAAUACAAUCAAUUCAAUUUUCAAUUGUUCAACAUAGAUUUAAUAAUAUUUGACAACUUAAGUAAAACGAUAAUAGAUUUUUGUAUAGACCUAAAUUUUAGCUAUUAUCUUGAAAACGAAUUCCGCACGAUGAUAAGAUUCAAAUAUACCAAAGUCAAAUGAGUUUAAAAAACUUUCAACUGCAAAACAGACUAACAAAA